AUGUCAGAAGAUGUACCAGAUUCAUUUCGAUCUAUGUUGCAAUGUAUUCAUCUUGCAGCAAUUUGUUAUUCGAAAUAUUUAGAUAAUGAUGAAAAAAUUAGAAAAUUUUAUGAUCCAAUUGUUAAAGAGUUAAAUGAUUUACAAUUAACAGGUUUAACUAUAAAUACGUUCAACAGUCAACUACUUUUUUCAUUUUCAGCAAUAGCUGCAGACAACUUAGCGGCUCAUAAUGUCGCCGGUUUUCAACAAACUUUUAGUUCUGGUAAUUUUUGUAGAAGAUGUUUAAUUACCUAUGAAAACCGUCUUAUUCCAUUAACUGAUGUCCAUUUUAUCCAAAGAACUUAUUCACAACAUGAGAAAUGUUUACAAUUACUUAAAAAUAAGCCUCACAUAAAAUUUGUAUCUGGUGUAGUUGGGCCAAGUCCAUUAAAUGAUCUGCAUAAUUUUGAUCCAACUAAUUCUUUUCCAGGGGAUGCUAUGCACGAUUUCUUCGAAGGCGUUUGUCCUCUCAUCAUCAUGGCAAUGCUAAAAGAAGCAUCUGGUUUACGAUUAAUUACUUUCAAUGGAAUUCAAAAUAGAACGGAAAAUUUCGUAUAUGGAGAAUUCGAUACAUCAAAUAAACCUCCACCUAUACUAGUAAAAAAUCUUAAUAAUAAUCAUAUCGUUGGAAGUGCUUCGCAAAAGUACUGUCUUUUUCGUUUAUUUCCAAUAAUUUUCUCAGAUCUUGUUGAAAAACUGCAAUCUUUUAAAAUUUAUCUUGUUUUACGUGAAUUAUUGGAUAUGAUAUUAGCUUUUCCACGAAGAAAAAGUUGGUUACCUUUUAUGGAAACGUUGGCCAUCAAUUUUCAGUGCAUGAUGGACUCUUCUCAUUCACGGUUUGGACAACAAUUAGCUCAAUUUGAUCAAACGUUACUUCGAUUUUCUGAACUGAUUUAUAAUCAUAUUAUUUAUAAACAAUAUGCGGUUUAUGUUUACGAUUUACAACAUGUAGAAGAUAUUCCAUUAUUUUUUCAAAUACAUUACAUAUUCAAGUAUAAUCAACAAUGGAUAUUUAUAGUAGAUUUUCUAAAUACUGAUGGAUUCAGUACAAAAUUAUGGAGUUACAAAGUCAGCUCAUGUGAUCGUCUUGGAAUUGUUUCACCAAAUGAUUUAAAAUAUUUUCACAAAGGACUUGAUUUGUAUGAAGUUGAUCAACUUCAUCUUGUUAAUUUGACAUCGAGAUUAACAAAACAGAAUUAA